AUGACCUUGAGAAGUGGCAAGGAGGUCCAAGGAUCUGACCCGGUAAUUCCUAAGGACAAGGACGAAGAUCGAAUUGAAAAAGAGCUGGAAGAGGAGGGCGGUGACAAUAAAAAUUCAAAGGUAAUCCCGGACCCACUCAUGCCAGUUAGAUCCAACCCACCUCCCUUCCCAAGCAGAUUGGAGAAACCAAGAAAGCAGGACAAGGAGAAAGAGGUCCUAGAGAUCUUUCGCAAAGUGGAGAUCAAUAUUCCUCUUCUAGAUGCGAUUAAGCAGGUACCCAGAUACGUAAAAUUUUUAAGGGACCUGUGUGUCAACCGAAAGCGAUUGAAGGGAGAUGAGAGAGUAGUAGUGGGAGAAAAUGUGUCAGCGAUUCUGCAACGAAAACUUCCACCGAAAUGCGGGGACCCAGGUAUGUUCACUAUUCCCUGUAGAAUAGGCAAUACCUUGAUUGGAAAGGCUAUGUUAGAUCUAGGAGUCUCAAUUAAUGUGAUGCCCAAGUCUAUAUAUGCCUCGUUGAAGUUAGGAUCUCUAAAAGACACUGGAAUAAUAAUCCAACUGGCUAACAGGACCAAUGCAUACCCUGACGGGUUAAUUGAGAAUGUUUUAGUGAAAAUUAAUGAAUUGGUUUUCCCUGCUGAGUUUUACGUGCUUGAUAUGGAUGAUGAGCACUCUCACGACCCAUCACCUUUACUGUUAGGUAGACCAUUCUUGAGCACAGCUCGAACUAAAAUAGAUGUUAAUAAGGGCACCCUAUCUAUGGAAUUUGAUGGUGAGAUUGUUCAUUUUAACAUUUUCGAAUCUAUGAAAUAUCCUUCAGAAUCACAUGCUAGCUCUGUCGUCUCUAUAAAUGCUAUUGACUCUGCUGUACGUGAAGUUUUCGAAAUUGAAGGCAGGGAUGAGCUGGAAGUUGUCUUGACCAGGCACUUCGAGUCAGAGAUGACCGCUGAGAUAGAGUUGAGUGAAGAGCUCAAAUGUGUGAUUGGAGCGUUGCAGACGUUGCCAACCACAAAGAUAAGGUAUGACCUCGCACCCGUUUUUACACCUGAACCUCACCAAAGGCUACUCCCCUCUGUGGUGCAGGCGCCUGUCUUAGAGUUGAAACCCCUACCUGCACACCUUAAGUAUGCGUACUUGGGUGAGGGGGAGACACUUCCAGUAAUUAUCUCCGCCAGUUUAUUAAAAGUCCAAGAAGACAAAUUGAUUCGGGUUUUGAGGGACCAUAAGCAGGCGAUAGGAUGGACCAUCGCCGAUAUCAAGGGAAUUAGCCCCGCGGUAUGUACGCAUUGGAUUCGACUCGAGGAGGGCGCUAAGCCUAUUCGGCAGGCUCAGAGGAGAUUGAAUCCUCUCAUGAUGGAGGUCGUGAAGAAAGAGAUCCUAAAACUACUGGAUGUGGGAAUAAUUUUUGCUAUAUCAGACAGCCCCUGGGUGAGUCCAGUACAGGUGGUUCCAAAGAAGGCGGGAGUGACGGUAGAGUCAAAUCAGGAGGGUGAGCUCGUACCAGUCCGGAAGCCCACGGGGUGGCGGCAGUGCAUAGAUUAUAGAAAAUUGAACGCCGUCACGAAAAAGGAUCAUUUUCCCCUUCCUUUCAUUGAUCAAAUGGUAGAGCGAUUAGCAGGUCGAGCUUAUUAUUAUUUUUUGGAUGGAUUUUCAGGUUAUUUCCAAAUUGCUAUCGCACCCGAGAAUCAGGAGAAGACUACCUUCACGUGUCCGUUUGGAACAUUUGCAUACCGUAGGAUGCCGUUUGGGCUAUGCAAUGCACCUGCUACCUUCCAGCGCUGUUUCUACAGGAGGUUCAUAAAGGACUUCUCCAAGAUUGGAGCGCCCCUGUUCCAACUUUUGCAGAAAGAGGUACCUUUCGAGUUCGAUGAGGCAUGUAAGGGUGCGUUUGAUAGGUUAAAAGAGCUACUGACCUCCUCACCUAUUAUCCAAUCCCCUGAUUGGAACUUACCGUUCGAGAUCAUGUGCGAUGCCAGCGACUAUGCCGUAGGCGCGGUGCUGGGUCAAAGAGUGGGGAAGGCAGCCCAUGCUAUAUACUACGCCUCUCGAGCCUUGAACGGAGCUCAGUUGAACUAUUUGACCACCGAAAAGGAGCUUUUAGCUGUAAUUUUUGCUUUAGAGAAAAUUCGGUCCUAUUUACUUGGUGCUAAAGUUAUUAUUUUCUCUGAUCAUGCAGCUUUGCGGUAUUUAUUGACUAAGAAAGAGGCGAAGCCGCGACUGACAAGGUGGAUACUGCUGCUCCAAGAGUUCGACUUGGAGAUUAGGGAUAAGAAAGGGGCGAAAAAUCUGGUAGCAGAUCACUUAAGUAGAGUGCAAGUCGUAGAAGAUGAUAUCCCAUUGAGAGAAACUUUCCCCGAUGAGCACUUAUUUUCUGUUAAUUUGUCUUUGCCUUGGUAUGCGGAUAUGGUUAAUUUCCUAGUUACUGACAAGUUUCCUGCAGGAUGGCCUAAGGCAAAAAGGGACAAGUUAAGGAGUGACGCGAAAUCUUACAUCUGA